UCAGGUUGGAGGAUAUUACAGCCAGAUUUACAUCCAAAAACGACAUAUUUUUCAGAUGGUGGUUCAGUGCUGAUUACAAUUUCACUUUUACGAUGUUGUGGUCUCCCUUUCUAGUCAAAUCCGUUGAUGCUGAUCCCAAUGCUAGUUCUUUCUACAGAGCCACGAAGCUUUAUCUAGAUGAGGCAGAUAGAGCAUGGGCCAGUAAUUGAAAAUUUUGGCCAUGUGAUUUUUCCAUUGGACAAUGGUUCUUCCGACCAUUGAUGUUCUAUGAAAAUGGGGAAGUUGUUGGGUGUCAAAGAUGCGAGAAGAACAUGACAGAGCUUAACUUCUACGGAUACAACAGGGCAUUCCGAACUGCCUUCAGAACUGUCAUAGAUUUUAACGGGUUCAAGGGGUUGACUUUUUUGGUGCCUCACUCUCCGGAACACUUUGAGAAUGGGUUGUGGAAUGAGGGUGGGAUGUGUAACAGAACAAAGCCCUUUACCAUGGAAGAAAGAGGGGUGUAUAAAAAUGGGGAUAUUCUGGAGACAUUGCAUCAGAUACAAACGGAGGAGUUUGAGGAAGCGGAAAAGGAAACAAGGAAAAAGGGUUUGCGGUUUGGUUUGAUAGAUAUAUCUGAUGUAAUGGCAAUGAGGCCUGAUGGGGCAUCCUAGUAGAUAUGGGAAAGUGGUUGAUAAGAAUGUGACGGUUAGUGACUGUGUUCACUGGUGCAUGCCUGGUCCAAUUGAUACGUGGAAUGAGUUUUUGAUCUAUGUAAUGAAAUUGGAAGGGGAAAAUGGUAAUCCAUUAUGAUCUGUAUAUAUUAUGAAUUGUAAGGGAUGAAUUUGACACCCAAAUAAACCUUCGAGAUUGCUCUGGGUUGUGGUGGUGUUUUUUUAAGACACCAUGCACCAUGAAGCCGUGAAGGUGCUAUUAUUUUUGCUUUUUCAUGUAACUCAGGUUAGUGUUCAAUUUUAUUGAUAGCACU